CAUUGGUCAGCUGAUAGCUUUUUUGACACGAGAAUGCGAGAAUGCACAUUGCACCUGUCCAUUUUGCCGCGAAAAUUGCGAGAAAAGUACAAAGAAUAUCCGGUUUGAUAGACGCCCCUAUUUCAAUUUUAUCGGGCAGGCAGGUGCCUAAAGCGUUAUAAAGUGGUCUUAUUAAAACACAGGCCUGUGUUAAACUUCAGUACAUUACUAGCUUAUAAUGAAAGUACAAAAAAACAUGACGGAUUAUUUUAAUUGUGAUAAAAUAAAAUCUCCGCCGGUCGAGUGUAUCAACUCGGAUAGUGGGAAGAAAAACAAAAGACGUUUGAGUCUCAUUAAACCAUCAACCUCGGCAAGGCUAACUCCAAAAAAAGAUGAAAAGCCAACUCAUAAAAAGCCGGUUAAAAUAGAAGACGAACCCAUCGAAGUUUUAUCAAGUGACAGCGAGAUGGAAGCAACUCCAUCAAAAAGACGUCUUGUUGAUUGUGAUAAUGAGCAAAAUGAAACUAAAUUAUCACAGAAUGGGAGACUAACUGUAAGGAGCAUUGAGUCGCUAACGGCUCCAGUCUCACCAGACAUUAUAGAGUCCCCCAACUCUAGUGGAGAAGCAUCAAAUUCGUCUGCAACAACAUUUUUGUACAAUUUAUCUCCCAGUUGUGUGUAUCAGUCACCCACUACACCAUCUAAAUCAUCAGUAAGUCAAGGAUCUGUGAAUGCGUUCUAUUCCCCAACAAGGAAACGGCUUAUCAAAAACAAUUCCCCAGCUAAGAGGAACUUGUCUAAUCAGUUUAGUCUGAACUCUUCACCGAACAAAACUCCAUAUCAUACCGAUUUUCCUGAAAUUGUUGAUCAGAAAGAUGACAAAACUGCAUUUCUCAUGUCCAUAAUUAACAAAUGCCUCAAAGCAGAUUCCCUGAGGCAUUUGUUAAAGGAAGAGUCACAAGUUCUCCUGGAGAAUUGUAUGAAGUUACUGAAGCCUAGCAUGAAGCUUAUGUGCCGACUCUACUGGAGAAAGCAUGUCUGGUACCGUGCUGAGGAGAUACAAGGAAUCAUCAAAGGGAAGGAUGAAACAGCAAUCAGUAGCCCAGGACUUCAUAAUAUCCUGGAAUCCCUGAUAAACUAUGGAUUAAUCACUUUCAACAAAACUAAAGGUGAAACAACACUGGAAUUUGAUGAUUAUGUAGAGUUGCUGAAGAGGCCGGAAAUUCUCCAGAUAUGCAAACAAUUCAAGAUAAAGGUACAAAAUAAGGAUCAAGGAGUAGUAGAACUGAGAAAUUUCUGCAAGAAAAAAACAUCUAUAGCUGGAUACUUCACAACAAUUCAAAACAAACAAACUUCGAAAGCAAUUGAUAAUCAUACUAGAGUUUUGCAAAAAUUUAAAGAAACGGUGGGAGAUUGUUACAAAAUAUCUGAGCUGGCAGCAGAAACAUUCCACAAUUUGCAUGUGUUGAUGUACUUAGGCGUCGAUUAUUCGUUAAUAAGGGAAAAGAAGCUUGAGCUAAUGCUGAUUGAUGACAAAACUAAACGGGAGAUAUAUCCCGUAGAUAAAGAUAUGGAAGUUGAUGAUGCUAGUGUGGUGUUCCAGGAUAAAGAAGAAUUUUACAGGUAUCUUGAAGCACAUAAGAUUCACGAGGAUUACUUGAAGAUGAUCAAAGACAUGGCUGACUUGAAGGAGAAGUGUGAAAUAAUAAAACAAGCGUACAAUAAGUACAAAGAAAUUGAUGAGGAACACAUGUUACGAUACAAAUCUCUGCCUACAUGGCUACGCAGAUUCACGCCACCAUAUAUUUACAUCAAGAUGUUGGAGAAAGGUGUGCAGGAACUAAAGAGGUUGAAAACGGAAGAAGACUACCGGCUGGCAGUAGACAUUCUUGACACUAUCAUCGGUCAGAGAGACUUCAGAGAGCAUAAGAAAGCUUUAUGGUAUGCUGAAAAAGCACUCAUUUUACACAACCAUUUGAACAGCUCCGAAGAGGCGGCAAUGGUGUUGCUACAAGGAUUCAAAGAUAAUUUAGCUGAGGAUGCGAAAGACGCCCUUCUUCCUCGUGCCAAUAAGAUCGCAAAUCAAAAGAAUAUUGAUUUAAGAGAAGAAUUGAGGGCAGAGUUAAGGAGCUAUUCCAAAGAGGCCAUACUUGAGAGUAGCUUCCCAGGAGAUCAUAUUAACAAGCAACAUAAAGAUAAUUACGAACAAAGAGGCCAGCGUCAGUUUGAGAUGCACACUAACGAAGGGAAGAGCAUCGUAUACACAGAAAAGUAUUGUCUUCUACAUUACGUUAACAACUGCAGCUAUACAGAUGGCGAGCACUGGGAGGGUCGCAUAGCGUCAGCAAUGUUCUUCAUUCUCUUCUGGGACAUAAUCUACAGCAAGCCUGAAGGAGUCUCCGGAAUAUUCCUCAACCAUUAUCAGCGGUACCCACUGGACAUGUUCUGUGAGAACUUCUAUAAGAUACGCAAGGAGCUCAUAGAUGAGAGACUGGCCUUCAUACAGCAGUGUACUGAGGAACAACUGCUGGACUUCAUGAAGACCAAGUUUGUGGAACGGCCGCAAAGUCAGAUAUCGGAAGUGGUUCACCGCGACAUAGACUGGUGCCGGCUGGCGGCGGUGGCGGGCUGCCUGCGCGGCGGCGGCGUGGCGGCGCUGUGCGGGCGCCUGGCGCGGCGCUACGGGUACGCCAAGAGCGGCUUCCCCGACCUCACCGUGUGGAACACUCAUACUAAACAGAUAAAGUUCGUGGAAGUGAAAUCGGAUGUCGACAAGCCUUCAAUAAAGCAGUUGCAGUGGCUUCGUUACCUCAUAGACAAUGGUAUGGACGCUGGCUUCUGUUACAUCGGCGUCAACACCACGCGCUGCAAAGCUAGGUCCUCGGCCGCCAGUCUCGACUGAAAAUAACACUUCUUUAAAAUUAUUAUUAAUUUAAAUAAAACUGCUUUUACGGAUUUUAUCGCUGUUAUAUUAAUACUAUUUGAUCCCGACGUUUCGGAUCCUACACGGCAUCCAUGUUCACGAGCAGACAGGCGAUGACCGUCGGGAUUAAAUGAUAUUAAUAUAAUCACUAUAAGAUCCGUAAAAUUAGUUUUAAUUAAAUAUCUAAAUUUGCUCAAGUGUCAGAAAUCAAUUACUAUUAAGUCAAAAAUACUAAUUAUAAGUACAUAGUUCAUUUAUAACUAGCUGUUUCAACCCAGGGCCCGUACGCGUUCGUAGGUAUAAUAUGGCCUAUGUCACCCGGGAAUACUAGGUUCAGUGAAAGGUAUUUUUAACUUUUUCCAUCCAGGCAUGCGUAGUUUCCAUGGUCCGGGUGAAACAGCCAGUAGUAAAUAUGUAGGCAUUUAUUAAGAAAGCUAUUAAUGAAGGGUCAAGGGUUUAAAAAUAAUUGCUAUAUGUAUUUUAUUUGUGAAUGCAAAGGCUAUCCUAGUUUCUAGUCAAAAGAACUAGUUUCGUUACUAUUUUAUAAUUUUAUCAGAACUCGUUCAAAAGAUCAGCAGCUAACUUUAUUACAUUGUAAUAAAUGUAAUUAAUCAAGCUGUACACAAGGAAAAUAAAUUACGUAAGAAGCGUUUUAUAAUGUGAAAUUUGAUUUCUAAACUAUGGGUAAAAGAAACAGGUUACCGAUACAGACAAACCUGUACGGGUAGGUACCGAUCAGUGCAGGUAUAAUAUUUCAAUACAAUCCUAUUCACUCACUUAUAAAGAAACAGUUAAACCUGGGGCCCGAUUCUCCUAAUUUUACUUAAG